AUGCUCAAUCUCUGCAGAGUGUUAUUGAAGGUGCAGUCGCACCAGAAGGUCAAAUCACAACACCCAAACGCCGGUACCCGCUUUGGUCGAGUGUAUAAUCGUGGUUUCAUUCGCUACGGAUUUGGUGGAUUUGGAAUGAGUGUGUAUACACCAAAGAAGGACCGAAGAUUUCGAGUCUUGACUCCACCCCCACCGAAGGGAGAUCUCUUUGCCGAUAAUGAAUCUCUGGUGCCCACCACUCGCACACUUUCACCAAACUUCCGCGCCUUUGCAUUGGAGGAUGGUGGGGUACUUUUCACACAUCCAACACAUGAACAGAUCAUGCGAUGGGGACAGGGUGUUUUAACGGAAGAAGGAAAAGCCACGGGAAUGACUUCCAUGGAUAAUUACGUGAACUCACGCAUUCAAUCUAUUAUAGCAGAAAAUACAGUUGAGAAUGUCGCAAUUAGUCACUGGCGCCGGCGGCACAUGUGGAAUCUCAUCAAAGCACAUGGAAAGCUGCAGCGACGGUGGGGUGUAUCCGAUACUCUGAAGGGAGCACGUUCAAACAUUUACGGACGCUCUUGA